GCCUCCCUCCCGCCUCCCCUCCCUGGCCCAAACCAGCUGGACCUGCUCUCCCGGUGCCCGGCUGGCCUCAGCACCCCCCUCUCCGGCCAGCCAAGUCACAGCCUUGGCACCUUCAGACAGGCGGGUGGUGGGUCCUGACCUUGGAGACCAGAAAGUGGGCUUCUGGGCAGAGAUGGCUCUGAAGAGCCAGGUGUGGUCUCCGGCCACACCCAUGCCCAUGGCGGAGAGCUCCCUCUACCGGCAGCGGCUAGAAGUCAUCGCGGAGAAGCGGCGGCUGCAGGAGCAGAUCCGCGCGGCGCGCCGGGAGCUGGAGGAGGAGAAACUCCGCGUGGAGCGGCUCAAGAGGAAGUCUCUCCGGGAGCGUUGGCUAAUGGACAGGGCAGCGGAAGGGCCAGAGCGGCCCGAGGACCCCACCUCAAAGGACCCCCAGUCUCCAGAGGGCCAGGCUCAGGCCCGAAUCCAGAAUCUACAAGACAGCUUGUUCACACUCCAAUCCCAACUGCAGCUGUUGCAAAGUGCAUCCACAGGUGCCCAGCACAAGUCCCCGGGCAGGCCCAGCUGGCGCAGACAGGGUCACCGUCCUCUCUCCCAGCCCACUGUCGAUGUAGAUCCUGAAGGCCAUACUGAUGUGGACAAGAGAGCCUCCCUGCCCACGGGACCAGUGGGCGUGUCCCCAGAGUCUCCCUGUGAGCCCAGAGAGGAGAUUGUAGGGAUUCUGCCGGCCCCGGCUCCGAGGCAGGUCCCCAGGGCAGUAGGGGCCUCCUCAGAAGCCAACGGCCCCUGCCCUGGACCCAGCCCCACUCCAGAGCGGGAGCUGAGUCAGGGAGCGGUGGCAGGCGAGGGGCGGGUGGGCGAGGCCAACGGAGGGGGCGUGGUCCACGUGGUGUGGGAGGGGCUGAGAGCCACCGAGGACUGUGCCACGGGAGCCACCCGCCCUGAGCUGGAGGCGAAGGUGGAGGAGGUGGUGCUCGAAGCCAUCGGGGACAGGCAGGGGGUUGGCCUCCCAGAGCUCCCAGCCUGGGUAACGGAGGACAGGGGCAUCAUGGAGGUGGUCUGGGAGGGGAUGGGGGUCAGCGACUCAGAGGCCAUGGGGGCGGCAGGUGGGGGCCCAGAGGCGGCGCAGACCCACUCCCCGAGGCUCCUCGGGAGAUCAGAGGUUUCAGCUUCGGGAGAAGGGGACGGCGCUCCCAGGAGCAGCCCUGAGGGGGAUGGGCAGGGGGGCUCUGGGGGAGAGGAGGGGUCCUUCAUCUGGGUGGAGAGAGUGACCCUGAAUGAGGAGUGGGAGGAGCUGCUGGUGGAGGGGUUGGAAGGGCCAGUGGUGACAGGGAGGGAGGGAGGAGACGAAGGUUCUUUGGGGGCAGAGAGGGCAGGAGGGGAGAAAACGUGGGAGGCAGAGCAGAGCGGAGCAGAGGAGUCCACGGGGCCUGGGAAGAAGGGAGGUGAGGAAAAGCCAGGGCCACUGGGCGACAGAGUGGAGACAUCCCUGGCGGUGGAGACAAAAGGAAGUGAGGAGUCACUGGCACCAGAGAGCAGAAGUGGCAGCGAGGAAAAGCAGGGGACAGAGAUGGGAGGAAGCGAGGAGCCCUGGGGAGUAGAGAGAAACGAAGGUGAGGGACCUUUCAGGGCAGAGAAGGAAAGAGGUGAGGAAAAGCUUGGCGUGGAGGAGGAAGUAGAGGAAUCACUUCGAGGAGAGAAGGAGGGAGGUGAAGAAAAGCCAGAGGUGACUGAAGAGCCAUUGGUGACAGAGGAAAAGGGAGGUGAGGAGACAGCAGAGGCAGAGAGGAAAGGAGGAGAGGGGACAGCGGAGGCAGAGAAGACCGAAGGGGCUGGGAAAGAUCUGAGUCCAGAAGAGCAGAAAGAGUCCAGGGAAGGAACCGAGUACCAGGCAGAGGAGGUGAGCGAGGCAGGGACUCCCCUUUGGGCUGACAAGGAGCCGAGACCAGAGGAGGGAGGACUGAAGUCCCAGGAGAAGCAAGAAGGCUCCCUGGAGGAGGCAGCAGUGAAGCUCCAAGCCCCUGCAGAGGGCCAGGGCCCCUCGGGGGAUGUCAUGGCCCUCCUGGCAGAGACCCCAGCCCCAGAGCAGCCUGCAGAGUGCCAGCCACUGCUUCAGGGUCAGGGGCCCAGCGCCAACCCCAGUGCCCGUGCCGCGCCCACCUAUGCACCUGCCCGGCAGCCUGAGCCACCUGCCCCCACUGAGGGCGAGGAGGCAAGCGGCCCUAAACAAAAGACGUGCCAGUGUUGCGUGGUCAUGUGAGUCCGCGUGCCUCCCCCCACGCCCAGCUCCUCUCACAGCUACCUCGGCCUCUUGGCAUCCAGCAGAGGGUCCCAGGCGCAGACAGGGCACCACGGGACUGGCUCUGGUACCUGGAAGCCAGCUGACCCACACGUCCACCUAUGCCUGGGCUUCCGGACCCCUUGCCCACACUGCCUAUGACCCUGGCCCCCUUCUGCAAUGAAGCCUUUAUACUUGAAAAUAAAAUGUGAAAGCACUCA